GAGGAAUUUUGCUCUUCUAUGCUGUGUUUUAUUCAAGCUUGGCAUGUAUGUUCGCAAUCUGUAUGAAAGUGCUAUUAUCCACGCUGAAUGACCAUACGCCUCAUUUUACAUUGACCAGCUCGAUAAUCGGCACAAACCCUGGAUUAGGAUUUAGACCCAUGUCUCCGAACGUCGAAGACGGAUCACUAAUUUACUACGCGGCGGAUAAUGCGACUAAUGUGGAGGCUUGGACUAAUGAAUUAGACAAGUUUCUGGCUGUGUACAAGAACAAGACACUAUUGCCAGACAAAGGUAAUAACCAACAGAARUGUGAUUACAAUAUUCCACCACAAAAGGACAAGGUUUGUGAGGUCAGUCUGGACAAUAUGGGACCAUGUUCAUCUGAAUUUAAAUAUCAAUAUCAUAAAGCUCAGCCCUGCGUUUUCAUUAAGCUCAAUAAGAUUUUCGACUGGGAACCAGAAUUCUAUGUAAACACGACAGACAUUCCAGCUGAUAUGCCACAAGAACUUAAAAAAACAAUCGCACAAAAAAAUAAACAUGAGUUAUUCACAAUUUGGGUUACCUGCGACGGAGAAGCGCCAGCAGACAAAGAUAGUAUUGGAUCAUUAAAUUUUUAUCCACAGAACGGAUUUCCUGGCUACUAUUACCCUUACAGAAACAAGGCUGACUAUCUUAGCCCAUUAAUCGCCAUACAUUUCCUAAAUCCAAAAAGACACACAUUGAUCAACGUGGAAUGCCGUGCCUGGGCCAAGAACAUAUUUUACAAACGCAGCUUGCAAAACCGCGAAGGUUCCGUUCACUUUGAAUUGAUGAUCGACUAAAGUUGCAGGCUCAUAGUUGACCAUUACGCCACUAAGCCAUUCGCUUUGUUCUCAGUGCAUCAUAAAACACAGAACAUAGCCAGUUUAUUUUUAGUAAUAAAUCGUUGUAUUGUUAAUCGGUUUAAGUGAAAUCCCAACAAAACGCGUUUACUCCUUUUAUAUAUAAAAAAAAGUAAUUAUGUUAGGUUUUUUUUUGUUUGGCUUAGGRAUGUUUCUGAAAGUUAAACAUACAUUUAUAUAUUAUAUAUUAAUAUUAAUAAAUAAAAUAAGAGCACAGAAAAGUUAAUAUACUUAUGAUUCAAGCUUAAAAAACCACUGUGUAAAUUCACAGUUAAUCGAUAUGUAUUCA